UCCAUGGCCACGGGUCUAUCAGAGACAUCGCAAGUUCUCGCGAUGCAACGCAGCCUCGGAACUCCGAUGUCCCCGUGAAUCCGUAAUUCCUUGACCGCUGAAGCGAGAUGUCCAUCGCUGAAAGAGCAAUUCACCAUGCUUGAGACGGAAUGGUUUUUGGGCUUGGAAUUCACCCAGCUGGCACUCUUGUUCACUCCCCCGGCAGGUUACGAUGUCAACAGCAGCUUCCUGUAAGCCCAAAUUCCGCGUCGCAAUCUGUGGAGGUGGAGUUGCCGGCCUGGCGCUAGCGGUCGUCCUCGGGCGACACGAACAGAAAGAUUCACCGAUCGAAGUAACUCUUUAUGAGGCGCGUCCGGAGAUUAGUACCUUCGGUGCAGGUAUCACUGUCUGGCAGCGCACAUGGAGAGUGAUGGAGCUGCUUGGGCUUGACGCAGAGCUAGCGGCAGCAUCAGUAAGACCACCAAGUAAAGGAUUGGGCCCUGGAUUUGUUUAUAGGAGAGGAGAUAAAUCAGAGGGUGGAUACACCUAUCACAGGGUAAUGCUGCCGUAUGGAUCCUCCAGUAUGCACCGAGCCGACCUGGUUGGAGUUCUCUUGCGCAAUGUGCCUUCGUCAUGCACCAUACAAACCUCAAAGAGAUUACUCCGCUAUACAGAUUUCAGUGAUGCAGACAGCGGAGCAAAGUACAUCACGCUGUAUUUCACCGACGGUUCCACUGCAGAAACCGAUAUACUUAUCGGCGCGGAUGGUAUCAAGUCAGCCGCUCGCGCUUGCAUGUACGAACUUGCCCACCGCCGCGACUGUGCUCCUACGAUCGACCGGCUGAGUUGCGCUCGAUGCUCUGCAGCCACGCCGAAAUGGACAGGGAUGGUCGUAUAUCGGUGCCUCAUACCGACAGCGAAGCUGAAAGAAGUGAACCCGGAGCAUCAAGCAUUGCGGUAUACACUUUGUUAUUCCGGCAAGUCUAAGCAUGUCGUAUCCUAUCCUGUUUCACAUGGGAGCUUCAUCACUUUCAUUGGCUUCAAAACAAGACCGGAAGCUGAAGGGACUACAUACGAAGGGAAGUGGGUUCAAAGCGUGCCGAAACAGGAGUUGUUGGACCUUCUCACCGAUUGGGAGCGCGAAGUGCAAGAGAUGUUGGAGUGUGUCGAGGACCCCUCUCGCUGGGCCAUCCAUAUGAUCGCGGAUUUGCCGUUUUCUGUAUCAGGUCGAGUAGCACUCUUGGGUGACGCAGUGCACGCUAUGGAGACCCAUCUGGGCGCCGGUGCGGGACAAAGCAUCGAGGACGCUUACAUCCUCGGACGGCUCCUCGCCCAUCCACUGUGCACGCUAUCGCGAGUGCCGGAGGUCCUACGCAUCUACCAAAGCGUCCGACUGCCUUUUGCAAAGACCGUUCUCGGACGUGCAAAGCGUACCGGACGCAUGUGCGAGUUCAAUUGCCCCGGUAUGUAUGACGGUAGCGAAGCCGCAGAUGAGAAGGAACAGUUGGAUGAGCUUGGUAAGGCCCUUUACGGCCAAUGGCAAUGGCAGUGGCGCGAGCGAUUUGACGAUCAAUGGGAGGUUGCGGAGUGGGCAAUCGAGCAGUUCAUGUACAUGAAUGAAGCAAAGGCUCAGGCGAGAUAGCGCUUUUGGGGUACAUUACUUUAUAUGCCUGCAUAUGUUUUCACGAUUCAUGAUGGAUAGACUUGGCGGUUGGGACGA